UCCUAGCAAUGCUAUCUUUAAGCAGCAGCAAUGCAGUCUCUACAGAUUUCAAAGACUAGUUUCACUCCCUUUAAAGGCUGUGUCAGAACAGUCAACAAAAAUUUGGAGAAGCUUAAGCUUUCUCUUGUCAUUACGUAAAAGAGACUGCCUGUUCCGAGUGCUUGGAGGCCACUGCAGAAUAAACUAUUAAGCACUAAGAAAUGCUAGACUAACCCCUAACAAAAAAGUAUGUUAAUAUUUAACCUAUUUAAUCCAAUGUGAGGUCUCCACAUAAGCAACAGAAUGAAGAACUUAAUCUGAUUUUCACCUGAAAGGCAAUGGGACUUCAUACAUUUAUAAAAUUCUGCUGCUAACAUCUGGCUCCUCUUCUACAAGAAUAUGUACAGAUCGAGCACAACAGGGAAACGGAUACAAAAUUGGAGCCAAAUCUUCCAAAGAAUGGAUUAAUAAGCAGAAGAGGAAAAAGGCAUUCUUCCAGUAUGAAAUCCUGCGCAAAUCAGUAAGUGAACAGUAAACUAUGAUCAAAAGAAAGUGUCUGCAGAACAAAAAUGAACCAGCUUGAUGCAGCAAAAUCAGGAUUUUUAGUAUGCCUUGGUGUGUCUAUUUUUAUCCUCACUUUCAUCUAUGUAAAGAACACGCUUCCUAAAGAAUCAAGUGAAAAGAGCUUCCCAAAUGUGGAAGAAUGUGGCUUUUAUCCAGAUGAGCUUUGUUCAGCUCUGUUUGAGGGGAAAAGCGCAGCACUUCAGAUUGGGAAUGUGUGUCAGAGUAUACAUCAACCUGAAAUGCUUUAUUGUAUACAGACUCCAUGCAACUGCUCUGCUGUCCUGAAGAAUUUGCAUUUCAUAACAAAACCACUGUCUGAAGAAGAAAAAAACUUCUCUUUGGCAUACAUCAUCACAAUUCACAAGGAGUUAGAAAUGUUUGUAAAACUACUACGAGCCAUUUAUGUGCCGCAGAAUGUGUACUGCAUUCACAUCGAUGAAAAAACAUCCAAGGAUUACAAAGCUGCUGUGCAAACCAUAGUCAACUGCUUUGAAAACAUAUUUAUAACAUCAAAAAGAGAAAGUGUUGUUUAUGCAGGAUUUUCAAGACUACAAGCAGAUAUCAACUGUAUGAAGGACUUGAUUAAAUUCAACAUUCAGUGGAAUUAUGUCAUUAAUCUAUGUGGCCAGGAUUAUCCUAUCAAAACAAACAAAGAAAUUAUACAAUAUAUCAAAAGCAAAUGGAAUGGUAAAAAUAUAACUCCUGGGGUGGUCCAACCACCUCAUAUAAAAUACAGGACGCAUGUUAGUUACAAAGAAUAUGUCCAUUCCGGGACAUCCUAUGUGUAUCCAACUAAGAAUGUGAAAAAUAAUCCCCCUCAUAAUUUAACCAUAUAUUUUGGGAGUGCUUACUACGUACUGACUCGAGAGUUUGUAGAGUUUGCACUGACUGAUGUACGAGCAAAAGACUUACUUGAAUGGUCAAGGGACACAUACAGUCCAGAUGAACACUACUGGGUCACACUGAAUCGUUUAACUGAUUCUCCAGGUGCCACACCAAAUGCAGACUGGGAAGGAAAUAUACGAGCUAUUAAAUGGAAAGAUCAAGAAGGAGUUAAACAUAAUGGCUGCAAAGGACAUUACAUCAGAAAUAUUUGUAUUUAUGGACUGGGGGAUUUACAAUGGAUCAUUGAAUCACCUCAUUUAUUUGCCAACAAGUUUGAGUCUGGAAAGUACCCCCUUGUUAUGGACUGCCUGGAGAGGCGCUAUAGGCUUAAAGUACUGCAGCAAGCUGAAGUCCCAAUAGAAGCACACUGGCGUUUUCAGGAAAAAAAUUAUUUUAACAUGAAGCUGAACAACUGAAUCCAUGCAGUAUCUGAAUUGGGGGACAAAGCAUGGCAAAAAACUACUGAGAUGUUUUUAAAAUGCAGACUUCAUCAUGUACAUCAGAGUUAGAGAACAUACAGACUCCUUCUGUUGUUCACUUACUACAAUCUCUGGGAAUAAAACUGCAAGAAGCUUCCUAAUUAAAUUGAAAAACCCUUGAUUAUUGAAUAAAGAACCAUUACCAUCAUUUAAAAAAAACAAAAGACUGCAUCUAAGGAAGAAGAUUAUCAAAUAAGUUAACAAAUGCUUUGGAAGGGAUGGAAGAGUGAAAGAAAAAACAGACUCAAGAAAAAGACAGAAUAUUAAUUUUUCAAAGUUGAAUUUAAGUGGCGUCUACUGUCUAAGUCUAAUAAACCAAGUUAUUUUGAAUAAAGGGAGCAGUUUACAUUACACUGUAAAAGGGGCAAUGCAAGUUGAAAAAAAAUUACUGGUGAUAUUUUUAAGCUUACUAGACUUGCAUGUAACACCUAAAUUAUUAACACUGAAAAAAUAGCAGAAUAUUAUUUUUUCCAGCUUACUUUUUAAAAUUUUAUUUGCCAGCACUUUUUAUGUAGAUUAUGUCACUGUUUUGUUGAUGAGCACUUGCACUGCCUGUCACCAUGCAGUGCAUGAGACAACAUGCACUGUUCCGGUGAACACUUGGACAUGCACUUUUCACUAAAGGAUACUUGUCAGUAGCAGUAACAGGGAUGCCCACUAUUUGUAUUUGGAGCCAAAUGGGCACCCUUUCUUAGGGACACAUGUAUGGAUUAUGGAGAACAAUGGAAACGUAGGCAAGACCAAGAGGUAUGGCGAACAACUGGGGAAGUGGCCCCAAUUUUUCAUCUUGCAGAGCAGAUGCAUGAAUGUAUAUGCUGGUAGUCAGCUUCUCUCGAACACCUCUGCAUACAACUACAAACGCUAGAGAAGAUCUAGCAGCAUCCAGCAAAUGGACAUUACCUUUAAACCUCUCUGGGGACCAAAGGAAAGAAUGGCCUGCUGUUGGAAAAAUGACACCCCCCUCACCUGCUAGGCACAAGUCAGAGCACGGAGGCAGACCAGAUUCAACGUGGUUGUGAACAGGAGUUGGGCUCCACUCCCUAUGUUCUGAACAUAGUGGUCUUUUUUCUCCUAGCCUUUCCUAUGAGGCCUUAUUUCAAUGGUGCGCUGCUGAAUGGAGUGGACGAGUGUGGGGCAGAAAUACAUUUGGUAUUGUUCUCAGGCCUACCCACUCUUCCUGGAUUGAGAGGCUCUUAUAAACCAACACCAGGAAGAGAUAGAAAAGACCCUCCCCUCCACUCUUUUUACUCUGAUUAUUGUUUUGUAAAAUUCCGUUUAGACUAUGUUGUUGAUGAGAAAACCUCCAAGCUUUUAAAAAAAUGUUUUUGUCUAUCUUUCUAUGAAAACCCCCAAGCUUACUUCCUUCCUUCUUUCAUAUAUAUAAAACAUUUUAAAAAACAACAAUUUGGAGGCUUAUUCUGGUCUCUGUCUCUCAAAAAGCUUUGAGGUUCUCUCAUCAACAGACACACAUGCACAUAAAUUCAGGCGAAGUUAAUGACGAUUGAAUGCUAGAAUAAACUUGUAUUUUUAAUAGUAAUUUUUUAAAAAUCAAACUGUCAGCCUCCCUGUAAGCAGUGUUUCUUAAAAAAAAAAAAAAAAAAAGUGCGCUUUGGAACCUCGUUCUAGUGAAUCAAAACACAUUUGCGAAUUUGUUUUCAGUGAACUUCUAAGGGACCUAAUGAAAUACACAUUGCUAUAUUUGUUUCACUCCUACAGACAUUUUUAUUCAGAAGUUUCAGAACAAUUUACAAACGAAGCCUCAAUAUUCUUGUAAAGUAUUAUUAUUCUUCCCCCUCCCCUCCCUUUUUAUUUCUUGGGGGCAAGGGGAAGACAGAAGCUAAGUAACUUUCACAGAGACACCAGUGGAGCUGGAAAAAGCUCACACCUGAAUUUUAACCACCAGUUUAUCAAAGCCUAAUCAGUUAACAUUUUCUACACUGGUGUACAGUUUCUAGAUGGCACAGUUUAGUUGAAAUGAGUUCUAACCUAAGCACUGAACAUCUGUUUCACUAUUUAUUGAAAAAGUUAGAAAUUCAACCCACAUCCCUCCAUAACUAAACGGUAUCAAAAAACAGGAGGCAACUUUCUAACCCUACCACAGCCUCGGUUUUCUUUACUGCUUACAGGUUUGAGCUGCAUGAUAGACAAGCAAAUGCUUUUAUUUAUUUAUUUGUUUUAAAUAAGGGGGAAAAUGUGAAAAGGGUUUCUCUCUGUACUCGUAAGAGAUCAUUUGAAAACUACUACUGAAAACAGGGAUUAUUUUAUGCAUAUUAGUCAUAACAAAAUUAGCCAUGGACUUUCUUCCUUAAUACCACCUAAUUUUUUUAUAAAAACAUUGGCGUGUUUACCUGCUCUACAUAAUUUCUAUAAAAAAAGCUCACAUUCAGUUGUUAUUUGACCGACUCUCAGGGUCUCAUGAUGCCUUAGUUCAAAGUGAAUACCUUGAUUCUGACAUCUUUAUUCAUAAGAUGCUAUUUAAUGCAAGAAUGGGACACAGAAUGUGGCCCAGAUUAAAACAGAAGAAUAUUUUAUUACAAUCUCUUGCUUUACUAUAUACAUUAAAUACCUCAUGUUAAAAAAAAAAUAUCAAGGUUUAAGUUAAAAUCUGGCAAACCCAAAAACCCACAGUUGGAGGUGAUCCUCCUACUUUUAAAGAGUUUUAGUACAAAAUGUUAUAUGGAAAAAAAAAGUGGCAGGAAGAGGCAUACAGUUCCCAAUUAAUAUGCAGAGGCAACAGGAUAGUUUAAGAAAAAUGUUUCAGCCCUUACUCUGAAUUACCACAACUUCGUUAAAGUAAAACAAACAGUAUUUUAACUGUUUUUUCUCCCCAACCAUAAUUUAAAAGAAGCCAUUUAUUAUUAUGAAAGCUGAGAAGAGCACUAACAGAAAAUAUGUAUAUGUUAUAUAUAUAUUGACAGAAUAUUAGUAAACAUGUUAUUUUAACUAGCAAAUCAUCCACGACGGUUAGACCAGUCACAUCAGUCUGUGUUUACUGACUUCUGAAACUGUUCACUAAAUAGAGUUCAGAGUCUGCAAUGUCAAUGUGACCUUGUAUAAGGAAACGCUAUGCUGUGUAAUGUACUGUAGAUGAACUUCCUCUAUGGAUGAAUGCUGCUUGUCAGGUUGCUGCGAAGCCUAAAGUUGUUGCACAUGUACAAUAGCUGUCUAUCUAAGUUAAACACGGCACAAGUCCAGUAGUGAAGGUACUAUGCCAACUGUGUAUUAAAGUCUGCAAAAACUGACCUGUUUUUCGAAUAAAAUUUUAAAGAAAUGCAAAAGAUGGCA